CUGAACUAUAUCGUCUUGCUGUGGAUCUCCAGAGUCUUAAAGACGAGUCCACCCGAGGGUGGAUGGGGUGUAUGGGGUGGACUCCUCCUCCCCCGUCCUCCCCCGUCCUCCUCCUCCUCCUCCUCCCUCGUUUUUUAAUCCAUUGUAGGGAUCCUUGCACUCAGAAGAACAGUGUUCCCCCUGGCUGCUAGAGAAACGCCGAGCUCGUCUCCUCUCCUCUAUACUCCCAGCGCAGCCGCACCGUGUCUGCACCGUUAACCCGCUAUUUAACGCACGGAACGGGAUUUUUUUUUUUUUUUAAAUUUCUUUCUUUAUUUGUUUUUUUGCGUGAUUGUUCUGCGGUGCGCAAUACAAAAAAAAAGAUCAAAUAAAAGAAGAAGAAAUCAGAGCGCGCGUCCAGAGACGAGGAAAGGAGACGUGAGUCAACGAUGAGUCCACCGAUGGUCGCUGCCCCAUUGUAAGACCUGAACAGAACAGGACGCGGAUUGUCCUUUAUUUACUCCAUGUGGGAGGUUUUAGUGAAGUGUGAAGCGGAGUCGUGCGUUUUCUUGUAGGAUUUUGGCGGAAGAGAAAAGAAAAAGCAGGAGAAGCAAGGACAGCUGGACCUUGGGCAUUAUAAGCCUACUGAGCGAGGAAGCGCCUUUCAUGCAGGAGCUCAGCGCACGGAGAACCAUGGUUCUAUUGGUUAUGGAUUUCUAAAAAAAAAAAAAGAAAAAAAAAAGAAGAAGAAAAGAAAGAAAGAAAGAAAAAAGGCUUGUUAAAGCUCCGAGUUCGUAGUAUGAGAGGAUUUCUACUAAGAAAGAACUUGAUAGCACAACUACAAAUCCAUGAAGGCAUACAAGCAGUGGUAAGGAUCUAGACGCGACUGGUGUCUUAACGAACUGUUCUCAAAAGGACCGGCCAAAGGGCACGGGGGCGAAAAGGAAAAGAAAAGAAAAGGUUUCUCCACAACAGAGAGAGACCCCGAGGUUGCCAAUGCCUGGACUCGGCGUUUGAGCUGAUCUCAAGACAUACGUUUCCUCGUCAAAAUGUGGAGCAUUUGUAAGUUCUUCAUUACCGUGUGCCUGGCCGAAUCUGCUUUAUCGAGGAGCAUCACGACACAUGAAGUCCGCUCCAAAGAUUCCAGAGUACACCGGCCGACUCUUCAGACAGGUUUUCCCGAGAACACCACCGCGCUAUUCGGAGGCCAGGCGAAGUUGGUAUGUAAAGUCCAUCGGCCAGCCUCGACACGUCUCCAGUGGUUCAAGAAGGACAAGGAUCGCCCGGGGCCUGACGGAUCACCGCUUCUUAAGCCCCUCACUCCUCUUCUAGACAACGUCUUCAAAGUCAACGUCCUUCCUUUAGUAAACGUCACCUUGGAAGAUGCAGGAGAGUAUAUAUGCAUGGUGAAAAACUCUGCUGGAUGGACUAGUAAUUCAGCGUGGGUGGAAGUCUUAACGGAAAUCCUUCCUGCUAAAUCUACGGACGGAUUGACCGGGGCUGAGAAUCCGACAGUCUCUGAGGAGCUGAGUGAGGAGACAUCGGAACACCUCCUGCUAGAACCGGGUGAUGUGCUCAAACUGCGCUGUGACACAAACCGCCCUGGAGCUAUCCACUGGUUCAAAGGAGAUAUGCGAGUGCAACAUAGCGCUCGUAUCCAGAUAAGAGCGGGAGUCAUGGAGAUUACCGACGCGACAUACGAAGACUCGGGGGUCUAUGUCUGUAUGAUCCGUGGCUCCAAAGAGGCUCUGCGCAACUUCACCAUCACAGUUGCAGAUGCGAUGGGAUCCGGUGAUGACGAUGAGGAUGGCGGUCAAGAAGACUCCGUUACAGAGACAGAGAACGACCAAGUCUACUUCUCCAGAGGCCCAUACUGGACCCAUGUUCAGAGAAUGGAGAAAAAGCUUUACGCUGUCCCUGCUGGAAACACAGUUAAAUUCCGCUGUCCGGCUACAGGGAGCCCACUGCCUACAAUCCGCUGGCUGAAGAAUGGCAGAGAAUUCAGGGGCGAGCACAGGAUUGGAGGAAUCAAGUUGCGGCAUCAGCACUGGAGCUUGGUCAUGGAGAGCGUGGUGCCCUCGGACCGUGGGAACUACACUUGUGUGGUGGAGAACAAAUACGGCUCCAUCACUCAUAGCUACCUCCUCGAUGUGUUGGAACGCUCUCCUCACAGACCCAUUUUACAAGCUGGUCUACCAACCAAUACCACAGCAGUGGUCGGAGGGGACGCCCAGUUCCACUGCAAAGUCUACAGUGACGCGCAGCCGCAUAUUCAGUGGCUGAAGCACAUCGAGAUUAACGGCAGCCGGUAUGGGCCUGACGGCAUACCCUACGUAAAGGUUGUCAAGACUGGCAGCUUGAACAUGUCUGAGGUAGAGGUCCUAUAUCUGACGAAUGUCACAAUGGAGGAUGCUGGAGAGUAUACAUGUUUGGCUGGAAACUCUAUUGGCUUCUCCCACCAGUCUGCAUGGCUCACUGUCCUAUCUGAGGUAGAAGUGACCAAAGAGAUGGACCUUAUGGAGACCAAGUACACCGACAUCAUCAUUUACGCCUCAGGCUUCCUAGCACUGGUGAUGGCCAUCGUGAUUGUGGUCUUGUGCCGAAUGCAGACCCAUCCCAGCCGGGAGCACUUUGACGCCCUCCCUGUCCAGAAACUUUCAAAAUUUCCUCUCCGCAGACAGUACUCCGUCGAGUCCAACUCCUCUGGGAAGUCCAGUGCUUCUCUAAUGAGAGUGGCGCGUCUUUCCUCCAGCUGCUCUCCGAUGUUGGCUGGAGUCAUGGAGUUUGAGCUUCCCUACGAUCCCGAUUGGGAGUUCACAAGAGAGAGCUUGACUUUAGGGAAACCUCUUGGAGAGGGUUGCUUUGGUCAGGUGGUAAGAGCAGAGGCUUAUGGGAUAAACAAGGAUAAUCCGGAUCAAGUAACCACCGUGGCAGUCAAAAUGCUGAAAGAUGAUGCAACGGACAAAGACUUGGCCGACCUUAUCUCUGAAAUGGAGCUCAUGAAGGGCAUGGACAAGCACAAGAACAUCAUAAAUCUUCUAGGUGUCUGCACUCAGGAAGGUCCGCUCUACGUGCUGGUCGAGUAUGCGUCUAAAGGAAGCUUGCGCGAGUACUUACGAGCGCGUCGUCCUCCCGGAAUGGACUACACCUUCGACGUGACCAAGGUUCCAGAAGAGCAGCUAACGUUCAAGGACCUUCUCUCUUGUGCCUACCAAGUGGCACGAGGCAUGGAGUACCUGGCUUCUAAAAGGUGCAUUCACCGAGAUCUCGCAGCAAGGAACGUUCUCGUCACCGAAGAUAACGUCAUGAAGAUCGCAGAUUUUGGUUUGGCGAGAGGAGUGCAUCAGAUCGACUACUACAAGAAAACCACGAACGGACGUCUGCCAGUGAAAUGGAUGGCACCAGAGGCCUUGUUUGACAGAGUCUACACACACCAGAGCGACGUUUGGUCUUUUGGAGUCCUGAUGUGGGAGAUUUUCACGCUGGGAGGUUCUCCGUACCCUGGAAUCCCAGUAGAGGAGCUCUUCAAGCUGUUGAAAGAAGGCCAUCGGAUGGACAAACCCUCCAACUGCACGCAUGAACUCUACAUGAAGAUGAGAGAAUGCUGGCAUGCAGUUCCUACACAGAGGCCAACCUUCAAACAGCUGGUGGAAGAGCUGGAUCGAGUGCUGCUGUCGAUUUCGGACGAGUACCUCGACCUGUCGACUCCUUUCGAACAGUACUCCCCGUCUUGUGAGGACACCUCCAGCUCUUGCUCUUCAGACAACGAUUCAGUGUUUACCCACGAUGCCUUGUCCACCGAUCCAUGCCUGCUCGGUUAUCACGACGUGCGUUCUCGGCUAGACAUGAAGACGACGCUACGAUAAGGGCUCGUCUGGCUCCAGUUUAUGGAUAUCAAAAGUUUGCAUUUAAAAAACACUCGCACGGUCGGCGGUACGACGCGGUCACGUGAGGCGCGGACUUUGGCCUUCGAUCGCGCCGCGCAAAGAACGUUAUCGUAAUGCUUGGCACUAGAAAACCUGGUGACAAAAAUGGCUGCCUCAAAUAAUCAGGUGUCUAAUACAGUAUCUGGACGGCCCGGUACAGAAGCUACUCACAGUCUCGGUUUCCUUUGUAACGAAUGAAUGCUGCUUAUUACGUAUAAAGUCCCAAGUAUCUGAGCAGCAUAGAAACCGGAGUGUGCUGAAACAACCAGAUUUGUUGUUGUUGUUGUUGUUGUUGUUUAAAAAAAAAAAAAAAAAAAAAAAAAAAAAGAAGAAGAAGAAGAAAAAAAAAGAGAACAUUUAUUUUGAUAUAAAAGUUGAUAGCAUUGUUAAAUAUAAAAUUCUCUCUAUAUAAAGAUUAUUCUACAUUUUUGUUUUCUAUUUAAAGAUUUGUCUUAAAAUCUCAGGAUCUCGCAUCGGUUUAAAAAAAAAAAACAAAAAAAAAAAAAAAAAAAUGGUUGCAGUGGCAGCAACGUGCCUGAAAUUUUGAUUUCCUGUGAAUAUCUUAAAAUAUUUUAUGUACAUAUCAUUGAAUAAGACAAUUACCUUUUUUUUAUAAAUUAUUCUAAAGCAUAUGAAGUUAAGGUGUUGGGUGAAGAAUUCCGAACGGAAGGAUCACGUCGCGUUUUUUCACGUCGUAAUUUGACAUCUUCGCGGCUCAUCAUACGGGCAAGGCAGAUCGGUACGGUUCAGUCGAGUUUAUACGUAGACCGUUUGCAAGCGCGGCUCGGAGAGCUUGCUCCCGUGACAAAAGCCGGCCCUGUUCCACCGUAUCUAUACUGUACGGAGAGAAAAGGACUGGAUUGAAUGUGAAAACCACCCUUGAGGUUGAUUGAUUUAAAAUGGGAGAAUCCUCCAUUGUUUGGCUGUAGCCUUUUUACCUAGCACGGUUUGUUUGCAGGGUCCAAGCGCAGGCCAAGUCGGACAAUAGGCCCAUGCAGCUGUAAUGGGUGUGACCGUAGGACAGGGUGAUUGGGGGGCUGUCUGAGCCAGCGUGCAAAUGAGGUGGCCCCUUAUUAUGGUAAUGCAUCCAGCUGCCCAUCUUUCUCCUCCACUAUCUUUUUAAUAUACAAAUGCUAAUGGCGCCCUUUCUGAGCAAACUCUGCGGUGUUCUUCAGGGAAUGCGAGGCCUCACCCGCAAGCUGAUAAGGCAGCUUUCUCAAGUUAAUUUACUCGUCGCUUUUAAUGCCCAGCCAGAGAUGCUCCUCCGAAUCCCUCCGGGAACAUUCGGCCCUCCGUGCGCGCAUUAGAAUGAGAUGAGUCGACCAGACAGUCCUUACUCUUUUAUAUGCGGGAGUGAAAAAUCUCAUUACUUCAUACGAGCUGUGAUUGGGGCCCAAACGUACCUAAUAGUGCAGCUUGAACUGGAAAAAAACAAAAAACAAAACAAAAAACAACCACCUCACAUCGUCCCGUCCCGUGGCCUUAAAAAAAACCCCCCCAAAAAAACCCCGUAUUCUUUAGGAUGAAGAAAUCAGAAGGAAAAUAACGAACUGCAUGACAUUCCAUUUAUGUACUCCGUAUAAAAAUUUAUAGCGAUCAACAAUGUUCUUAUGCAUUUUCCCUUGAGAGAAUUAUUUUAGAAAUAUCUAAUUUAUUUGUUUAUUGUGUUGUUUUAUAUUAAAUAAAGGAUAAUUUAAAGUA